AUGUUUGCAGACCUUAUUCAGCAUAUUAAAAAUACAAGUCCAUAAUUUAUCUUAGGACAAUAUGCAGAUGCUUAUGAUAAUUAUAGUAGUUGGCGUAUGUGUAGAGUGAUCAAUCUAACAUCUGAUACUGUUACUGUUCAAUAUGAUGGAUGGACCUCAAAAUAUGAUGAGACUCAUAAACUUAAAGCUGGAAGGGUUGUGUAUUUUAGAUCACAUACUGAACUAUACACAGGUGCUUAGAAAUUUGCUUACAGGGAUUACAACAUUACAAAAGAAAUUGAUCACAUUCAUUAGGUCAUUGAAAAAAUGCAGAAGCUUAUUGAUAAUGAUUUUACUAAUGUUGAACCUCAAGAUGUCUGUUAAUUUGUGAGAGGAGAACUCUAUUUACUUAUUGAUAGUCUUAUGCAAGAAUAGCAAUCAUAUACUCAUGGUGAAUUUAAAAUUACUACAGAUCUAAUAGAGGCCUUUAUACGAUUCUUCAUCUCAUGGGUUAAUAAAAUUUAAGAAAAAAUUCAUACAUAUAUUCAAGGCACUUAAGCACAUCCUCUCAUUUAUUAUUUUCAUUUGGACACAUGUUUAGUAUCCUGUCAUCCUGAAAUGUUUGAUACAUUAACUAAAAUAUUUAAUGGAGGAGGAGCUAGAUGUAAAAGAUACUUUUAGAAUAAUGAAACAUUACUUUUAAAAAUGAAUAACAUCAAUGAUCGAUACUCAUAAAAUCCUUAAUAAGGUUUCUUUAAAUAUUUUUAAGAUAGAAAUGGUUUAUAAGAAAUAGAUAAUUUGAUAGCUUGGUAAUAUGGUGAAGGUGAGACUAAAUAAAAAGUUCCUUUUGGAAUUAUAAAGAAUAUAUUACCUUUAGUUGAAAGUAUUUAUCGAAGUUUUCCUGUAAACUAAAAUCGUCAAGAUUGGUUAUAAAAAAUAAAAGAUAUGGUUAUAAAAAGAUUGCAUCAAUUAACUACAAAUGAUCUUAAGGAAUCAAAUUUGAAUCCAGUCUUUUAAAUUUUUAAGUUGAUUCCAUAACAAUUCUCUUGUAUUACUAACAUCUCUUAAGAAUGCGAAUGCACAGAGAUAAAAUUGGCUAUAACUUUAAUAAAAUCAUCUAUUCUUGAAAAGAAAAUAAAAGGAGUAAAAGAGUUAACAGAAACAAUUGAUAAAAUAACAAGUUUCAAAUCUUCUAUGUUAUAUCAAAAUACAAUCAAUACUUAUUUUAAUUCAGAGAGAUUAGGGAAAUUCUUAUAAGAUGAGAAAGUGUUUGAUAUUCUCCUUUAAGAAGCUGGACAUGCAGAAGUAUUCAAAAGAGCAGCACCUAUUAUGAGAUUUAUGGUAGAUUAAGUACAUUCAAGUACUAAAGACAUUGAAUAACUAUGGGAAGCUAGUUAAAAAGGACAUGAAACAGAAGCAUAGAGUGUCUAUGAAGUCAUAAGUGAUAUUGCCAAAGUUAUGAAUCAUGAGUAGAUGGACAUAAUUUAUUCAAAACUCUAUAGUUUGGCUUAAAAAGACAUUGAUUUGAAUUUAAUCAAUUUCAUGAAAGAUUUUACUUUAAGUGUUCAAAGAAAUGCUCUUAAAAAAAAUAAAGCUAUUCAAACAUUAGCUUUGAUGUGGGAAUUAUUAUAAGAUAAAAGUGAUUUAAAUCCUAAUUUACUUGAACCUCUAAUGAGUGGAUUUAUUUAAUGUCUUAGAUAAGAUCGUGAGUAGUUUUAAUAACUUUGUUUGGAAAACUUAAAAAAAAGUGUUUCAUUUCCUUAAUGUUUACAUAUCCUUUAAAAAAUUGUAGAAAGUUAUGGAUAAGGAUAAAUCUAUUUUGGUUCAUCAUCAGAAGAUAAUCUUAAUAAAAUCAUGAAAGAAAAUCAAAUGAUUGAUCUCAUUGUUAGAAAUCUUGAAACUUAUAGAUCAUCUGUAUAAAAUUCUUAAGAUUGCUUUGCUAUUCUGAGUGGCAAAGUUGCUCAUGCAUAAAGAAUACAAUAUAAAAUGGAUUUUCUAGAGUAUAUUGCUGCUAGUCCAAAAAAGUAUGAUUUUUCUCUUGAAAAUUUUAAAAAAUUAUGGAAUAUACUCAUAAUUAAUCCUAUUCAUGAAACUGAUCGUAAUCCAAUGUUAGAUUUCUUAGUAAAAGGAGGAUUCAGAGUAAAGGAUGAUUUAUUUAAGCAUAUUUUUUGCAAUAUCAACUAUCCAAUUAAACUAUGCUAUAGAAGUAUAGAAAAAUAUUUUAUGUAACUUAAUCAAAAAAAUGGAUCAAUUAAUUGCUAGAAAUCUUAUAUAAGAAUUCUUAAGUAUGAUUAGAUUAUUGGUUUAAAUUUCUUUUUUGAUGUAGCCUUCAAUUAUCCAAAUUAAGAUUAAGCGAUAUAAACUCUAUUAUAACUACAUAUGAGAACAGAGAAAGCAAAUUAAGUAGAAUAGAAAUUACUAAUGUGGAAUUCAUUGCUUAUAAAAUGCAAAGAAGCUUUGAAAUUAUAAAAUAGCUAAAUUUAGAAUGUAAUUAAGUGUUUAAGAGAUCUUGUAACAGGUAUUGAAGGAAAAUAAUAUUCGAAUACAAGUGGUCCUGCAUUUACUUAAACAAAAUUUUAGGUUCAAAUAGGUAAGGAUGAAAAAACAUUGAAAGAAGUAUCAUUACCUUCUAAUUGUACUCUAUUAGCAGUUAGAAAACACUUAGGUGAAUUGUUUAAUCUAAACCAAUAAGAUUAUGAUAUGUUUUUAGCAAAUCAUGAUAUGAGAAUAAAUCAAGAUAAUGAAGAAGACUUGACUAUAAGUUUAUUUGAGGAAUCUAAAUCCAGAGAUAAACCAGAUAUUAUUCUUUAGAAUAUCAGCUAGAAUAUGAAUUCUAUAUUCCUAAGCAUUCGAAAAUUCAAAGCAAAUUUAAGUAGUAAUACAGAACUGUCUGAAAUAUUGUUUGAUUUAUUGUAAUCUGAAAAUUAUGAAGAUAUUUGGUAAGUUUUAACAUUGAUGCCUCAAAAUAAGCAAAUAAAGGAUAGAUUAGAUAAAGGAGGAUCUGAUGAAGAACAGUGGAGCAAAAUAUUGUAUUUUAAUUGCAAUAAGAAAUUAUUAUAUUGUUUAUAAAUUUAUGAAACAAUGAUUCAAUAGGAUAAGAAUUUGGUACAAUCUUUUAUAAAGACAAAAGGAUGUUAGAGUAUAAUUACUUACUAUCUCAAAAGAUAAGAGAGUGAAUUCGCAAAUUUAUUCAAUUUGAAGUGUUAUGCUUAAAUAGCUAAAAUUAUUGGGAUUUGCAAUAUUAGAGACUCAGAAAUAAAUAAGAAAUGUGUAAAAUAUAUAAUUUAUGCUUUGUAAAAAAUUGAAAAUAAAGUAUAUUAAGAUCCAUUAGCCAUUUAGAGUUUUCUCUAAAACAAUUUUAAAAUAGCUUCUACUGAGAAUGUAGGAGAUAUUGAAUAAUUAAUAAAGAGUUUAACAGAAUUGGUUGAUCCUUAGAUUAGAAAGACUCUGUGUUAAUAACUUAUAGAAUUAAAACCUUUACAUAAGCAUUUCUAAAAUUUGGGUGACAAUUUGUAAGAUGUUAUGAAACUGAAAAAUUAAGCAGAAUAAUAUUUAGAAUUGUAUGCUGGAGUUUUAUAAUAAACUAAUAAUAAUGAUUUAACAAGAAUUACUUAAAGAUUACCAUAGGUUAUAAUUAGUUUUUUGUAAGAAGAGGAAACAGAGAAGAUAUUACUUCAAGCUUUUAAGUUGAUUUGUAUUUUAGUAACAAAAUGCUAAGCAUCUCUAAUGAUGAUAACUACAAAUGAAUAAUUAUCUGAUUCUAUAAUAAGUAGUUUAUUUUAAUUAAAUGGAAAAACAUUAUAAAGUCAAGACACAAGAAAAGCAGGAUAUGAAAUAGUGUAAAAACUAUUUGCUAAUGAGAAAUUGAUGAAUAUAUUUGAAUAAUAUUUUUCAUGUUCUUUUUGGAGAACAAGUUCAAAUACAAAUUGGAAUAUAGUUUAAACGUAAUAAAGUAAGAGUCAAACUGGUUUUGUUGGAUUACGUAAUCUGGGAUGUAUUUGCUAUAUGAAUUCAUUAAUGUAAUAAUUAUUUACUUUACCUAAUUUCAGAGAAAGUGUUUUAUCUCUAACUCUUGAAUUUGGAUAAUAAACAAUUGCAUAUUAAUUUUAACUCUUAUUAUCGGCAUUAAAGAAUUCAUAAAAAUAAUUUUAUGAUCCUACUAAUUUCUGUAGUGUUCUUGGUCCAAAUUAUAAGGCAAUUAAUGUUUAUGAAUAGAUGGAUGUGGAUGAAUUCUUUCUAUAACUUAUGGAUAAAUUAGAACUUGAACUUAAACCAUUAAAAAGAGAUAUAAUUAUACCUAAAAGUUUUGGAGGAUUUAUGAGUACAGAAUUUAUUAGUAAAGGAUGUUAGCAUCAAUCUUCAAGAGAAGAAUUAUUUUUAGCAUUAUCUUUAUAAGUAAAAAAUAAAAAGAAUAUAUAUGAAUCAAUGAAAAUGAUGACUGAUGGAGAAAUGCUUGAAGGUGAUAAUGCUUAUAUGUGUGAGAAAUGUGAAAAAAAAGUACCUGCUUUAAUGAGAGUGUGUAUUAAAUAAUUACCAAAUGUAUUGAUCAUGGUAUUAAAAAGAUUCGAAUUUAAUUAUGAAACUUAAUAGAAAUUUAAAUUAAAUGAUUAUUAUGAAUUUCCAACUCAAUUAAAUAUGAAAUAAUUUACUAAAGAGUACUUAUAAAAAUAAGAUUAUUAAGAUACUGAAGAUGCUGAUAGACCAAUUGUAACAGAAUAUUCAGAUGAAUAUUAUGAUUAUCAUUUAAGAGGUGUAAUUAUACAUGUUGGGACUGCUGAUCAUGGACAUUAUUAUUCAUUAAUUAAGGAUACUUAAACUAAUAAAUGGUAUGAAUUCAAUGAUAUUCUUGUAAAACCUUUUGAAUUUGGAGAUUUAGCAAAUGAAGCAUUUGGAAAUGAUGAUAAAGGCAAAAAUAAUUAAUUAUUAAGUAGAUCAAAAAAUGCUUAUAUGUUAUUUUAUGAACGUAAAACUUAUUUUGAUGAAAAUGGUAAAGCACUAAAAAGUGAUUAAGAAUUAAGAUGGUUUUUCAAUAAUCAUAAAAGUGAAUAAUAAAAUGAUGAAAUCUUAAUUGACAAUAUUAAAUUUUAAAUUAGUUAGAUCAUGUUCGAUGAAGGUUUUUUUGAAUUUAGUUGUGCUUUAUUAAAUGAAGGUUCUUAAAUUCAUAUAGGUCGAUUCUGUUUAUAAUAUUUCCUUACUGUUGUUAUACGAUUCUAAGAAAGAGGAUAGUUUGUACCUAAAUAUUUAGAGAAAUUAAAAUUAAUUACUAGAAGUUCUAUACAAUUAGCAAAUGAAUUCUUAAUUUCAAUAUAAAAUACUGAUGUUUUAAAUGAAUUAAUACUUUAAAAUCCAAUUCAUGAUAUGAGGGUCAUAAUUGGUGGAUUAAUUAAUGAUGCCAUUAAAUGUCUUAUUGAAAAUGAAAAGUACUAAUCAUAUUAAGAGUUUAAAUAAAAAAGUAAUUUAAUUCAACUUACUUAAUCUAUGUUUCACUAUAUUUAAUUAAGGAAAAAUACUGAGCAAAUUUAAAGAAUUAUCUAUUAAUUAUCUUAAUAUGAUUUUAGCAAAAAAUAUUUAAGAGAAUUAAAAGGUGUUGGAAGAAUCUUUCUCCUAUUUUUAGAUGAACCACCUGUUGGUGCUGGUUACAUAGAAAUAGCAGAGCCAAACGUUGAACAACAUCUACUUAAAAUAAAUAAAUAAUAUAUUAGAUGUGAAUAGAUGUUAUAAAACCCUUAAAUUAUUUAAUAAUAAGAAAGCCUCAAAUUCGAUAAUAUUUUUGUUGAUUAUACAUACUUAAUUAUGACUCUUAAUCAAUUAAUCUACUAGGAUGAUGAUGAAUUAUGUAUGCUAGAUGAUCCAUUACUAUUAAAAAGACUUUUAACUAUCACAUUUACAAGAUAAGCAAGAUUGGCACUUAAAGAUGCUAUAUAAAAAUACAUAUAACUUUAUAAUAAUAAUCCUUGGGAUCAAAGUUUAGCUGUAGUAUUAACUCUUUAUGAACAUAUGAAAGAUUGUGAUGAAAAAGAUUUAAAGACAGCUCUUAUUGUACUCAAAGGAAUAGGAGAAAUUGAUGAUGCAUAUUCUGAAUAGAGAGUAUUUAUAAUUUUAAAUGUAGUUAACUUUGGUAGCUGAAGCAUAUAUUUCUGCUUUGAAAGAUAAUUUAGGAUAUUGGUAUUACACUUCGAUUAUGUUUGACUAUAUAAUAAAGGUAAUAUAUAAUAAUAUAUUUAAAAAUUUAGAUUAGCACAAAAUCAAUAUUUUAAAAAGCUUUUGUUGAUGUUUUGAAUCGAAAUAAGGGUGUAUUGAAAUUAAUUUAAUAAUGGUUAAAAGAAUCCUAGAAUCCGUUUUAAAAUUUUUCAUAAUAAAGAGUAUAACGAUUAUAUAUUUAUUUUAGUGGAAAGUUUUUAAAAAGAGAUAGAUAAAUGUUUUAGCUUAAGAUAUAACUGAAAAAUUGAAUAAAUUUUAAACUCUAUCUUAGAAACGUAUUGAAUCUCUAGAAAAAUUAAUCAACUAAUAAGUUUUGACUAGUAAUGGUUAUGAUUCUGAUACAAUUCCUAUUUUUGAAUAAUAGGUUGAUGUAAUAAUACCAACAAGAACAUAUAAUAAUAAUUUUGAGAAUAGUGGUUAUUAAACAUGGACAAUUGGAAUUAAUUUAGGAGAUAUGAUGGAAUUAAGAUAAAAUAAUAAUAUUAAAUGGGUUUUCAGUACAGAUUCUUCACUUGCACCUCCAAACACUUAGACAUUAAAAUAUGAAAAUCAUGUAUCCUUUAUGAAAUGA